UUUGCAUGAUAAAAACAAAUAUGACUGAGAGCAAUCCUGGUGAGAUGGCCUCCUCUAGUGAAGAGCCACCGGCAGAGGAGGAGUCCCUUGCUCAAUCUCCAUCAGAAGCUAUCCUAAGCAACACCUCAUCGAAUGCCGGCAAUGUUUUGGAUGCGGAAGAUGACAAUGAAGCUAAUUCCGUAGAUCGAGACGACUCCGCCAGUUUGUUCAGUACCACUACAACGACGACCAGGAGCAAAUCCCCCAACACAAGGAAACUAAAUCGCCUGUGCCGGCGCCUAAAGGCACCAAAAAUGGUCCAACCGCUGUACAAGUACAGUUCCCACGUUCGCGAGGACCACAACCACCAGAUCUUCGGGGUGCAGUUUAACCCCUUUCUGGACAGAGGUCAGCCGCAGGUGUUUGCCACCGUGGGCAAGGAUCGGGUGUCCAUAUACGAAUGCGAGAGAAACAACGGCGAGGAGUCCUGCCAAGGCAUUCGCUUGCUGCAGGUCUACGCAGAUCCCGAUACCGAUGAAAGUUUCUAUACAUGCGCUUGGUCCUACGACUCAGUGACCGGCGAUCCUGUCCUGGCAGCAGCUGGUUAUCGUGGUGUCAUCCGUAUAUUUAAUCCUGUCAAACACCAAUGCAGCAAGAACUACAUUGGACACGGACAUGCCAUCAACGAGCUCAAGUUUCAUCCGGUGAGGCCGCAGUUACUCCUUUCCGGCAGCAAGGACCACUCACUGCGGUUAUGGAAUAUCCAGUCAGACGUAUGUGUGGCUGUUUUCGGUGGAGUCGAAGGCCACCGCGAUGAAGUGCUGUCCGUUGACUUCGAUUUGCGCGGCGAUCGCAUCAUGUCCAGUGGCAUGGAUCACUCGCUAAAGUUGUGGCGACUGGACAAGCCUGAUAUUAAGGAGGCCAUCGAGCUGAGCUCUGGUUUCAGUCCCAACAAGAACACGGGUCCUUUUCCCACCAUCAAGGAGCACUUUCCGGACUUUUCUACGAGGGAUAUACACCGGAAUUACGUCGAUUGCGUUCAGUGGUUCGGUGACUUUGUCUUCUCAAAAUCAUGCGAGAACUCUAUUGUCUGCUGGAAGCCGGGAAAACUUUCAGCCCCUUGGAACGAGAUCAAGCCCCAGGAGUCGACCACCACGGUUCUUCAUCACUUUGACUAUAAGAUGUGCGAGAUCUGGUUUGUUCGUUUCGCCUUCAAUGCCUGGCAAAAGAUUCUCGCCUUGGGCAACCAACAGGGCACCACCUUCGUAUGGGAGCUCGACUGUAAUGAUCCCAACCUGACCAAGUGCAGCCAGCUGGUUCACCCCAAGAGCAACUCCACCAUUCGGCAGACUUCGUUCUCCAAAGACGGCUCCAUUUUAGUCUGUGUGUGCGAUGACAGCACGGUGUGGCGAUGGGAUCGCGUUAAUUAGGAAAUAUUUCGGCUAAAAAGUUUACUUUGGGAAAACAUGGCUGAAUUUAAAUAUGUUUCCGAAAGUAAAACAACUACUAUGUAAUAAUAGCUUACCGCCCUGUGGUAUAUGUAUGCACAGCAUUUGUAUUCAAAAAGCUUUUAUAUAAUUAUUUAAAAUGUAUUACUUAGUUUUAGUUGGAUU